AGUGUCCACACGCACAGCAGUAGCGGCAGCCAUGCCGGCUGUCCACGGAGCAGGCGAGAGACUAGCUCUAUUCGCUGGAGGGGCGCUUGUAUUCGCACUCGUUCAGCUGCUCCAGGCCAGAAGCAAGGGGGAUGCGCCGGCCAACGAGGACCUUGGCACAAGGGGACCCCACGUAACCCAUCCUCGUACAUUCCUCGAGAAGUUCCUCGGUGCGAAUGACCGAACCAGCAGUAUCGAGGUGACGCCAACUGUAUCGCGUGAAAUUCCGCCAGAACUAGAAGAAGAGCUCUUCUCCCGGAACCGGUUUUUCUUCGAGGGGGGUUUUGAUGCUAUCAGGGGAGCGUUGGUUAUUGUGGUUGGGCUCGGCGGGGUUGGGAGCCACGCGGCUCACAUGCUGGUGCGGUCGGGCGUGAAGAGACUACGGGUGAUCGACUUCGACCAAGUGUCGCUGUCUUCUCUCAACAGGCACGCCGUGGCCACCUGGACAGAUGUCGGCUUGCCCAAGGCGCUAGUGCUGAAAGACCGGCUGCACGCGAUCAUCCCCAACGCCGAGAUCGACGCGCGCGUGGACAUGUUCCGGAAGGAGGAUGCGGACUCCCUGCUGGACAUCUCCGAUGCCGGAGUUCUCCCGGAGGCGUGUUUCGUGCUAGACUGCAUCGACGACCUCGCCACGAAGGCCGAGCUGAUCGCGCAGUGCUCGAAGAAGGGCCUGCGGGUGCUGUCGUCGAUGGGAGCCGGGCUCAAGUCGGACCCGACGAGGCUGCACAUCGCUAAGCUGGCGGACUGCUGCAAGGACAGGUUGGCCAUGCGGUUACGAGCGCAGCUGAAGAAGGCACACUCUCUGGACCCAGACACGGUUGAGUGCGUCUACUCUUCGGAAGAGCAGGUGACAGAGAUGCUGCCGCUGUCCAACGAACAAGAGAAGAAUCCCGGAGAUUUCGGCGUCGUGGAUAAUUUCAGGGUCCGAGUGCUUCCGGUGCUGGGUACGACGCCCGCUAUCUUCGGACAAACCAUGGCUUGUUGGGUGCUGUGCGAGAUUGGAAGGAAGCCAUUUUCGCCGUUGGUGGUGUGCCACAUGUCAUCGAAGCUGAGGCACAAGAUGUUGCAGCGGCUGCGGUCGAGGGAGAAGCGGGUGCACGGCGCUGAUUGGCCGGACAUCGACGAGCCCAUUCUGGAGUACAUCAUGUGGCGAGGGCGCUGUCCCGUCACCGGCAGACGGGCGCUGGGCUCGAACGUCCUCGAGCUGAGCCGCUGGGACCGGUCCGAAGACGGGCCCGGGUGCGUCCCGAGCAACCUCGUCCUGCUCGCCGUCGACGUGGCGAACAAGCUGGACAAGGACGGGGCGGGCUGCGUGAGCGCCGCCGCAAGGGAGAAGAUCGAGGCCACACUAGCGUCACAGAGGGCGUUGGACUGGUGAUCCGGCGAUAUAUGGCUGGUGGCUGGCUGUCGGCUCAAUAAGAACCAGUAGAUCGACGAUUGGAACUGCAACUUGGGAAGUUAUCCGGGACCGGCGGGCGGACAGGCUUAACCGGACGGAAGUAGUCCAUCACCAGUUAUUGUGUCCAACGCUGGCUGAUUUUCGGCGUGCAGGUAUUCUGCGCGAGUGUUGGUUUGGUGCGGGUUCUUUUGAAUGGAUGUGUUUGCGCCAAGGAGGAAGCAGAUCGGGUGGUCUGCGUACAGAGAUUACUGCGGCGAAUUUCAAGGAAAAUGUCGGCGAUCCCAGCGUGUCGUAGAAGGAGAAUUAGAACGGGCCUGAUGACUUGGUGGGUUUGAUUCGAAAAGGAUAGGUUGGGGAAUUAAAGUGAACCAGCCUGGUCCUGCUUGCUGCGGAACGGCAGCGGUGAUGAGGCAGAGUAGUCUGGGUGCCGAAAGACAACUGCGAUUUUGACCCAGCUGAGGCGAUGUUGAAACCGAGAGACACGCUGACAUAGCACAGUGGCGCGGCUGAAUGACCCUCGCCCGGCUCGAAAUGGGCGACGACCCUUCUCGUAGCUGAGCGACACGGUGAUCGAGCAACGAAAAACUUACGUGUCCUUGGCAGUGUUUGUUGGACGUGCUCUUGCUGUAUUGCUCGAUGGUCGAUCCAACAUAAUUGUCGCGCGAGCGAGAGACACGGUUUGCGUCUCCAGAGCCAAGGCUGAAGAAGGAAGCGAUACGCCAGUGAUGGGAGUGUGACCGGGCGCUGUCAUGCUGUGGUUCGGUUUAGCUUGGUUGUUGCCCGUGGUGGACUGCUGUUUCACUAACAACUUGUACCAAGAUACCACACCCGUGUGAUAACAUUUUGAACGAUAAAAAUUAUCACACGGGUGUGGUAUUCUUUGGGGGGGUGGUAUCUUGUGUGACACGUGUGAUAAACUGCACUCACAGGUCACCACCCCGCAGGGGGUGUGACAACAAGGGGGUGUGGUAAAGUUGGGAUGUAAUAGUUUUACCCGUGGGAUGAAAUAGGUUCACACGACCCCGCCUACCGGGGGCGUGAUCACAAAGUGGUGUGUGAAAAAGAUGGGGUGUGAUGCUGUCACCUGUAGGAUGGCGUGGGCCCACACUACCCAACCUUGCCCAAACUACAGAUUGUGUGAUA